AUGUCGGUGAAUGGAAAAUCAAAAUCUGUCACAUCAAGAAAUCCAGACUACAUGAACAUAUUGUAUACGGACUCAGAAAGUGACAGUAUACCUGACCUGAAACUGCCUCCAAUCAAAGGCAAGAAGCUUCGGAAAAGGAAAGGCGGUGGUCAGCGAUCAGAGAACUUAUGCUGCGACUUCUGGACAAUGGUCAAGUUGAUCACGGCAGUUGUGGUUUUCAUUGUUUGGAUUAUUCUGUCAGCCAUGUCUUUCUGGUCUCUCAGACGCAUCAGCGAGAUGCAGGAACAGAUCUCUGCCUUGGAGAACUCCAACAAGGCAUCCACAGAAUUGUUGAAGUUCCAGUCCCAGCUCGCUGAGGUCAACACCAGUGUCGUGGCUGUCAAGACUGGACAGGGAGGGUUGCAGGAGAUUACAAACACAUUUGUAGAAGUGCAGAAAAAGCUGAAGGACCUGGAGACAGCCAACAAAGAGCUACAGGCGUCUGUGUCUGCUUCCAAAGACUUCCUGAACAUGCCCAACAAGUUGGAGACCUUGUCGAACACAUUAGCUUCUUUGGGAAGUGACGUUAGCCGGCUGGACAAAGACACACAAACAUUACAGAAGGCUCACUUUGAAGACAGAAUAGCAGCACUGGAGAAGUCAAUGAAGGAGAAAAAUGCGACCGCAAGCAUGACACCAGACAAACAACUGGAGACCGCCAGUUUCAAUGAAUCUCUACAUUCCGGGCUUCAGAGUCUCCGACAAGAGCUUGACCAGUUCUCGGCCAGAAUCUCAGUGCUGGAAAAGUUCACAUCUCAGCCUCGUCCUGCCUCAGACACGGCUUGGGUUACUGAGAUAGUCGGCAAGUUACUGCAGGAGAAGAUGGCCAAUAUGACAGUUGGUGAUCAGGGUGCCUCAAACAUCUCCCAGCCCAACCAGGUGCCAGCAGGUGUCCUCCCCACCGACAAGGGAGAGUUCCUGGCAUUCAAGGACGACAUGUUAGACAAUGUGGAGAAAAUCAACGAGACGGUUGUCAUCUUGAACCAAGAGCUGGAAACUAUUGCAGCUCAUUUGGACAGCCAUGACCAAGCUCUCAUUAACCUGACUUCAGCCAUCCUCAGAGUCGGCAAGGCAGUCACAGACCAUAAUCCUGGUGAUGCUGGGGCAGCGGCCACUAGCAAUAACCCACCGACAAGUCUACCAGUGUCCACACCUACAGGGAGUUCACACCAGGAAUCCAGUACAGCACCACCUGUAUUAAAAAUUAAAGGGAUAAAUUCUUUGGAAGAUCUGCACAAGGCUUUCAACAGCAGCUGGCCUGUAGAUAAGGGUCAGCUGGAUGUUGGUCUGCUGGAGGAAGAUGGUAGCCCCAUCAACAGGUCCCAGUAUAAGCAGUUUGACUUUGACCACAACGGUUUGUUCAAUGAGGAGGAGUUGGCCGUCGCUUUAGGUUUCCAGCAUAAUCCUAGAU